AUGAACGCGGCUCUGACUUAUCUCAACAUAGCCGUGUUUGCCAUGGCCGGAGCUAUAGCCCGUGAGGGUAUAGAGCACCUGACACUCUUCCAUGGCUCGUUCACCGAGUCCGGAUUGGUAUGGGCCAAUUUCGGAGGCUGCAUAGUCAUGGGGUGGGUAAAUGCCACAAAUCUGUUUGAAAACGUGGAAAAAGAACGUGGAGUGACAAAGAAACAGUUGCCGCUGUUUUUAGGCAUAGGCACGGGCUUCUGUGGUUCUCUAACUUCCUUCUCCACCCUCAUGCUGGAAGGCUUUCUAUACGGAGCCAACCAGAAUGACACGAAGCUGGGAUACCCCAACGCCGGCUACGGAGUCCAAUCUGUCAUGUCGAUUGGUCUCAUCAAUUUCGGACUAAGUUUCGCAGGUCUCAAAGUCGGUCAUCAUCUGGCAGACUUGGUACCUCUUCCUCCGCUGUCGUCCAAGGUGGAACGGCUACUGUCUAGCUUUAUCGCUGCUGCCAGCAUUGCACUGUUUUGCAUAUUCAUCAUCUUUGCAGGUCUCUGGAAAAGCUGGAGAUGGUGGACUUAUCUCGGUCUGUUUGGCAUUCCUGGAGCUCUACUGAGAUGGCAGCUGUCUAAACUGAACGGCAAGUUGCCCCUGGGAACGUUCUCGGCCAACAUUCUGGCAUGCAUUGUCUUGGCCGUCUGUGUUCUCUUACAGCGUGGCAAGACGAACACCUCAUCUACGCAGCUAGUGCAUUCCUUCUUGCAAUGCCAGAUUCUGGAUGGUAUCAUGAAUGGUUUUUGCGGAUGUCUCAGUACCAUUUCGACAUUUGUGAACGAAAUGUACGGAAUGAACUACAAGAGGGCUUAUAUUUAUGGAUUUGCUACCAGUUUCGUCGGCUUUUCCAUGAUGGUCAUUAUUGUUGGUUCUUUCGCAUGGACUCAGUCUCUAGUAUCACCAGCCUGUUGA